ACUACAGUCACUGCGUUGAGGGUUCGCUGACGGAGAACACUUCUGAAUAACCGUGCACAGAGGCUAAAACAAAAAAAUCUGCCACUAUGUCUUCUCCCGAACCCGAGGCGGCGCCCGAGGAUCAUUGCGAGUUCCUGGAGAAGGUGAUCGAGGAGGUCCUGGCUUGGCAGCCACGUGUGCGCGGGGGUAGAGUAUUGUACCUCAGCCUUUGUCGUGGCAGCGAGGUGUCCCGUCUUGCGCAGGAAGCCGGCCACGUGACGUUCGUCUUACACUCGAGAGGAGGCAACAGUGUCGAAACGAACAAAUCUACGGACAAAGUUACCUACAAGUGUGAUGAUGUUACUGAACUGAGCUUUCCUCCGGGUUCUUUCGAGAUGGUCGUGGGCGCCUGGGUCCUCUCUGGCCUGAGUGACCUCCAGGCGGACGAUUUCUUGCACCGUGUUCUCGAGUGGCUGGUGCCUGAGGGUCACUUCGUCUUCAGAGAGGCGUGCGGCUUCCACGAAG